UGACAGCUCACUGAGACAGUGGUCACUCGUACUAGGAGGAGGAGGAGGAGGAGGAGCCGGCGGCGCUGGAGGGCAAUUUGGGAACUUAAAGCAGCAACAAAAGUCUUCAACUUCACCAACACCGCCAUUGAAGAAGAAAGGACCCACUGGUUUGAUUUGAUACCAAAAGUCCCUCUGCAGUUCUUUUCAAACCGCUCCCGCCCUCCCCCCCAAACUCCCCAUUCUCCACCCACCAACUCUCUCUCUCUCUCUCUCUCUCUCUCUCUCUCUCUCUCUCUCUAUAUAUAUAUAUAUGUAUCUGUUUGUUGAAAACCCAAUUGUUGUUGUAUCAUUUUCUUCAUCCUAACUCCAACUAAUCAGAUAAUGAGAUCAAGUUUCUAACAAUAUUACCACUUUCUUCAGUAACCCAUAUCUAUUUGCAUCUUUUUUUUUCCUUCCUUUUUUUCUCCCUUUCAAUUUCAUUCAAUGGAAGCAUCAGAGAAUUGCAGUGUAAAGGUGGCUCUGCACAUUAGACCGCUUAUCGGCGAUGAACGCCUUCAAGGUUGCAAGGAGUGUGUUGCUGUUACACACGGAAAGCCUCAGAUAAAAAUUGGCCCACAUUCUUUUACAUUUGAUCAUGUCUAUGGGAGCAGUGGAGCUCCAUCAUCUGCCAUGUUUGAAGACUGCAUUUCUCCACUUAUUCAUGGUUUAUUCCAAGGAUACAAUGCUACGGUACUUGCUUACGGUCAGACAGGAUCCGGAAAGACGUAUACCAUGGGAACUGGCUCUGGAGAUGGUUGCCAGACAGGGUUGAUUCCUCAAGUUAUGACUACAUUGUUCAACAAGAUUGAAAUAUUGAAGCAUCAAACCGAAUUCCAAGUGCAAGUUUCCUAUAUAGAGAUUCUGAAGGAAGAAGUGAGGGACUUGUUGGAUUCUGUAUCUACAAAUGGACAUGCUGCAAAAGUUAAUGCUUCUGGAAGGCAUCCCAUACAAAUUCGUGAAACAUCAAAUGGAGCCAUAACCUUAGCAGGAUUAACUGAAGUUGCUGUUAGUUCAUUACAAGAAAUGGCCACUUGCCUGGAUCAAGGAUCAUUAAACAGAGCAACGGGGAGUACAAAUAUGAACAGCCAAUCUAGUCGAUCGCAUGCCAUCUUUACAAUAACAUUAGAACAGAUGCAAAAAAUCCGUUCAGCUUUUCCUGGGAAUGACACUCCAGAUGAGGAUAUGGGUGAAGAGUAUUUUUGCGCAAAACUCCAUUUGGUAGAUCUUGCUGGAUCAGAGCGAGCUAAGAGGACAGGUUCUGGUGGACUCCGUCUAAAAGAAGGUAUACAUAUUAACAAGGGACUUCUUGCACUUGGUAAUGUCAUCAGUGCAUUGGGGGAUGAGAAAAAGCGGAAAGAGGGGGUGCACGUCCCUUACCGAGACAGUAAACUCACUCGACUCUUGCAGGAUUCACUUGGUGGAAACAGCAAAACAGUUAUGAUAGCUUGCAUCAGUCCUGCUGAUAUCAAUGCCGAAGAAAGUCUUAACACUCUGAAAUAUGCAAAUCGUGCUCGCAAUAUUCAGAACAAACCUAUUGUUAAUAGAGAUGUCAUAUCCAAUGAGAUGCAAAAGAUGCAAGAGCAGCUAAAAUUAUUACAGGCAGAGCUAUGUGCUCGGGGUGGAGCUCCAUCAGACGAAGUGCUGGUUCUUAAGGAAAGGAUUGCCUGGCUUGAGGUUACCAAUGACAAUCUUUGCAGAGAACUUAAUGGAUAUCGCAGCAGAUGCGCUGUUGUGCAGCAGGGUGAAACAGAGAGCCAAGACCGUGUUUGUUUCACAAAAGUUGAUGGACUUAAGAGGGGCUUCCAGAGUAUGGGUUCAUCUGAUUAUCAAAUUGGGGAAAUUACGUCAGGUGAAGAUUGUAAGGAAAUCGAUGAAGUAAAAAAAGAGUUGGAGCAUCAACUUUUGCAAAAUACAAUGGACACAGAAUUAAAUGAGUUAAACAAGCGCUUGGAGCAAAAAGAGUCUGAGAUGAGACUUUUUGGAGGGAUUGACAUUGCAGUUCUGAAGCAGCACUUUGGAAAGAAAAUCAUGGAAAUUGAGGAAGAGAAAAGAAUUGCGCAGAAAGAGAGGGAUGGCUUAUUGGCUGAAGUUGAGAGCCUUGCUUCUAACUUGGACGGACAAGGGAAAAAAAUGCAAGAUGUGCAUGCACAAAAAUUAAAAUCUCUUGAAACACAGAUAUUAGAUCUGAAGAAAAAACAAGAAAACCAGGUCCAACUUUUAAAGGAGAAACAAAAAAGUGAUGAAGCAGCAAAGCGGCUGCAAGCUGAAAUUCAAUAUAUCAAAUCUCAGAAGGUUCAGUUGCAGCAUAAAAUAAAGCAAGAGGCAGAACAAUUUCGACAAUGGAAGGCCUCUCGCGAGAAGGAAUUGUUACAGCUAAAGAAGGAGGGAAGGAAAAAUGAGCAUGCGCAUAAACUUGAAGCUCUGAAUCAGCGCCAGAAAAUGGUUCUUCAAAGAAAGACAGAAGAGGCAGCAACUUCUACCAAGCGGCUUAAGGAAUUGUUGGAAACUCGCAAAUCUUCUGUACGUGACAACUCAGUUAACCCCAAUGGACAUACACCAACUAGCCAGGGCAAUGAAGGAUCUUUACAACGGUGGCUUGAUCAUGAGCUGGAAGUCAUAGUGCAAGUGUAUGAAGUUCGUUUGGAAUAUGAGAAGCAAAAGAAAUUACGAGCUGCACUGGAAAAAGAGUUGGCCUUAUUCAAGCAAGCAGAUCAGCUUUCUGGUACUCAAAGAGGAAAGAGCGGACAUUCCAGAGUGCUGUCCAUGUCACUGGGUGCAAGAAUGGCAAGAAUAGCUUCACUUGAGAACAUGCUGAGCAUGUCUUCAAAUGCUCUCGUGGUGAUGGCUUCACAGCUGUCAGAGGCAGAAGAAAGGGAGCAGAGCUUAAGCGGUCGUGGACGUUGGAAUCAGUUGCGUACAAUGGGCGACGCUAAGAACUUGCUUCAACAUAUUUUUAAUGGUGCUGCAGAAGCAAGGUGCCAGUUGUGGGAGAAGAACAUGGAAAUUAAGGACAUGCAAGACCAGCUGAAUGAGCUUGUCACUCUACUUCGUAAAAGUGAGGUUCAGAGAAUGGAGCUGGUGAAGGAACAAAAAGUGAUGGAAGAAGCUGUUGCUGUUGCGUUGAGUACACCAGCUUCGGCGAAUUCACGCACUCCAUUAAAGCACUUAAUGGAUGAUAUUAGUGGUCCUUUGUCUCCAAAGUCACUCCCAGCACCCAAGCAGCUCAAGUUCACAACUGGAAUAGUUAAUGGGUUGGUUCAAGAUUCGGCGGCAUUCCUGGACGAGACACAAAAGAUGGUACCAAUGGGACAAUUCUCUAUGAAGAAACUAGCAACGGUGGGGCAUGGCGGUAAGCUUUGGAGGUGGAAGAGAAGUCAUCAUCAGUGGCUACUACAGUUUAAAUGGAAGUGGCAGAAGCCUUGGAGACUCUCAGAAUGGAUCAAGCAUAGCGAUGAGACAAUAAUUAGGCCGAGGCCUCGCCCACAAACUCAGAUAGAUAUGAUGUGAAUAUCAGCUUCGUUUUAUGUUGUAUACACAUCUUGACUGCCAUAUACGAUUCAAAAUAUGGCUUGGUGAAAACAACUGUAACUGCAGGAUGCAGAUGUGUUGUAAAUUGGCAGGACGAGAAUCGUAGGUUUGACAGUCUUUUGGCCAAAACAUGGUUGCAUCACAAACGACUUCGUCAUGCCAGCAGUCUCAGGAAACUUGCAUAAGACAGCGAAAAUUGGACUGCUGUUUAUGUGGUGAAGGAAGACACGUUCGUGCAAGAAAUAGGUGGUUUUAUGAUGCUAACAUCUGAUGCUGAUUUGUACUUCGUACAUUGUUACAUCGUUUCUUUAGUUACACACAGAAGAGUAGAACAUAGUAGAAUUUCUGCUGCCGUGUUUUGCGUGUAUAUAUCACCUCCCCCGAACUCCGGUGAGUUUAUGUAGUCGUACAACGUUAGUUUGGGAGAAUUUUGGCUUUGACAUGUCAUAUUUCUCGUUGGAGUGUUUUAACGAGUUUGUACCUACUUUGUUCAUUUUAGGGAAUUGAUUUUUUUUUUUUUU